AGCUCCGGCAUGGAUCGCAGGAUGGUCCUGGUGGUGCUCGAUGUCCUCUGCGUGGUGGUCGCCUCGCUGCCCUUCGUCAUCCUCACAGCGGUCAACUCCCCGUACAAGCGGGGCUUCUACUGCAGCGAUGACUCCAUCCGCUACCCCUACAAGCCUGACACCAUCACCCACGGCCUCAUGGCCAGCGUCACUAUCACCUGCACCGUCCUCAUUGUCACCGUGGGGGAGGCUUACCUGGUCUACACAGAGCGGCUCUACUCCAAGUCGGAGUACAACAACUACCUGGCCGCCCUCUACAAGGUGCUGGGGACCUUCCUCUUUGGGGCAGCUGUGAGCCAGUCGCUCACUGACCUGGCCAAGUACAUGAUCGGCCGCCUGCGGCCCAACUUCCUGGCCGUCUGCAACCCUGACUGGUCCAGGGUGAACUGCUCUGUCUAUGUGCAGCUGGAGGGCAUCUGCCGUGGCGCCGGCAGGAACGUCACCGAGUCCAGGCUCUCCUUCUACUCGGGGCACUCCUCCUUCGGCAUGUACUGCAUGGUGUUCCUGGCGCUCUAUGUGCAGGCCCGUCUGGUGUGGAAGGGGGCCCGCCUGCUGCGCCCCACCAUCCAGUUCUUCCUCAUCGCCUUCGCCAUCUACGUGGGCUACACUCGCGUCUCCGACUACACGCACCACUGGAGCGACGUGCUGGCGGGGCUCCUCCCGGGAGCCCCCAUUGCCGUCCUCAUUGUCCGCUACGUCUCUGACUUCUUCAAGCACCGUCCUCCGCUACAGUGCGAGGAGAAGGAUGCCGAGCGCAAGCCCAGCCUCCCACUCGCCAUGAGCGACCCUGACCGCAAUCACUACAACUGCCGGGGCACCCCGUGA